AUGGAAGAGCCGCCGGAGGGGCACGGCCACCGAGACGCGGCGCCCGGCCCGGCGAGCAGCGGCAGCGGCAGCGAUGGCGAGAGCGUGCCCGUGUCCCCCAGCCCCGCGCCCGCCUCCCCCGCCGCGCCCUGCCCCCUGCCCCUGCCCCGCCGCCGCCACCCGCCGCCCCCGCCGCCGCCCCCGCCGCCUCACCGCACCACCAACUUUUUCAUCGACAACAUCCUGAGGCCGGACUUCGGCUGCAAGAAGGAGCCGCCCGCACCGGCCGGCGGCGGAGGAGGAGGCAGCCGGGAGCGGGACGGAGACCGGGGGCAGAGCUCAGGUAGAGAAAACGUCAACCCGCUGCUGGCCCGGCCGCCCAACCCGCCCGCCCUCCUCUGCCCGGACUCGAACUGCCGUCCCGACGGCUCCGCGCCGCCGCCGCCGCCCGUCGCCGCCGCCAAAGCCAGUCCCGCCUCGGCGGCAGCGGCGGCCGCGGCGUCGGGGGCGGCCAAGGCCCCCGCCGACGGGGGCGAGACUCACCCGGCGAAGUACGGGGAACACGGCAGCCCCGCCAUCCUCCUCAUGGGCUCUAAUAAUGGAGGACCUGUUAUAAAGCCCGACUCGCAACAGCCGCUGGUGUGGCCUGCAUGGGUCUACUGCACUAGGUAUUCAGACAGACCGUCCUCGGGCCCCCGCACCAGGAAGCUGAAGAAGAAGAAGACGGAGAAGGAGGACAAGCGGCCGCGGACGGCGUUCACGGCCGAGCAGCUGCAGCGGCUGAAGGCGGAGUUCCAGGCGAACCGGUACAUCACGGAGCAGCGGCGGCAGAGCCUGGCCCAGGAGCUCAGCCUCAACGAGUCCCAGAUCAAGAUCUGGUUCCAGAACAAACGGGCCAAAAUCAAGAAGGCGACGGGCAUCAAGAACGGGCUGGCGCUGCACCUCAUGGCCCAGGGACUCUACAACCACUCCACCACCACGGUGCAGGACAAAGAGGAGAGCGAGUGAGGCGGGCGGCUCCAGCCCAGCCCUGCGCCGCGGCGCCGGCCCGCCGGCCGGGAGGCGGACAGGUGCGAUUUAAAAGCAGAUCUAUUGUCUAUCCAUAGUAUAAGGACUACGAUUAAGAAAAAAAAAAAUAAUAAAUAUGAACACUUAAGAAAAAUUAUCUCUAUAUAGCCAAACAGCAUAUGACCUUGUAUAUAUUUAAUUUCAGGUAAGAAAUAUGUGUAGCGAUCUCUAUUUGCUGGACAGUUUCUCUCUUCCCGUCUCUCUGUUUCUCCUUUCUUUUGUUCGUUUGUUCGUUCUGUUUGCCCUUUUUUUUUUUUUUUUUUGCCUUCACCCCCCCGCCCCCGAAUGUCCGUUGCUCCUGUUUUACAGUAAAUGUCGGACUUUUCUCAUCUGUCGUUUGAUCUUAUUUUAAUUUUUUUUGUGUGUGUGUGUGUGAAUUCUGUCUCUCUCUUUUUUUUUUUCCCCGAGGAAAAAAAAAUUCUGAUCCACAGACUGCGAGACUGAACCCGCCGCUACAAGCCAAAGAUUUUAUUAUGUUCAGAAAUCUGUAGUCUGAAAUAAAGUGUAGACUGUGUUCAGGA